AUGGAUAACUAUACAGACUUUGAUGGAUUUCAUGGAUUCCAAAAGAAUUUUGUCAAAAUGGCAUGGGAUGAAUAUAAUUCACCGCAACAGAACUGGAUUGACUUAGGUCUUCGGUACUGGACAGUGAUUGACGAGAGAUUAGGAGAUGGUAGAAUCAAAGAAUAUCCCUUCAUCUACACACCAAUCCCAACAAUAGCACUAGUAAUCGUAUAUCUUGCAUGGGUAAUGGUAAUAGGACCAUUCUAUAUGCGAGAUAAGAAGCCAUUUAACCUUAAAAAUACGCUUAUCUAUUAUAAUGCUUUCCAAGUACUCCUCAGCGCGUAUAUGUUUUAUGAGCAUUUAAUGGCUGGAUGGUUCAAAGGAUAUAGCUAUACAUGCCAAACAGUUGAUUAUACCGAUACUCCUUUAUCUAGACGGAUGCUUAACUUAUGCUAUGUCUAUUACUUAUCCAAAUUGACUGAAUUUGCUGACACAAUAUUCUUUGUGCUGCGUAAGAAAAAGUCACAAAUUACCUGGUUGCAUUUGUAUCACCACUCAUUGACACCGAUUGAAGCAUGGGUUCUUGUAAAGUUCAUUGCCGGUGGAAAUGCAACAUUCCCAAAUAUCCUCAACAACUUCGUCCAUGUUCUUAUGUACUUCUACUACAUGCUUUCUGCUAUGGGUCCACAAUACCAAAAGUAUUUGUGGUGGAAAAAAUAUAUGACAGAGAUUCAAAUUGCACAAUUCGUUCUCUGCAUCUUCCACAACAUCCGAGCACUUUGUACAGACUGCACAUUCCCACCAUUCAUGUCAUCACUUCUCCUGCUGAACUCCAUCAUCUUCUUCGUACUCUUCAUGAACUUCUACGUUCAAAACUUCUAUAAACGAAAAUCAGCUGCCACAGCAACAACAGAGAAACUCAAAGCACAAUAAAAUAGUUCCGGGGAAAUAAGUUAUAAUUCAUUUGGUAUUAAAGUGUGUCCAUUACCUUUGAAAAACCAUAUUUUUUAAUAAUCUCGUCAUGAAUUGCUGUCGACAAGUCGAAGAAUAAAGGAAAUGUUAAGUCGAUAAUGUUUAGUGUGUAACAAGUAAGAAAUUGAACAAAGAAGGUCAACACAAAAAAGCUAUAAAAAGUGCACAGAAAAAUAUAGAAAAAAAUGUUCAAUCAUGAUCUUUGUGUGCCAAAAUUAUGACAUUCACUAAGACAGAAGAAAGAUUUAAAGAUUUUCUAGAAAUAGUAUUGCGAAUAAAAAUUGUAGUGCAUCAACGCAGCCUACUCUUGUGCUCAGUAAUGUAUUAUUUAAUAGAUAGUUAAGUUGUAUACAGUUGGAUGAUAUAGAAAUGGAUGUCCGGGGUUUACAGCUUUAUUUCGUAUGGAAUUUGGGGUGCUUUCCUUACUUAUUGUUAAUUGGGGGUACUUAAAACAUUUUAUGGUCUUUGGGGGUAUUUUAAACACUUUAUGAUCCUCGGAGCUAUUCUUUUUAUUACCCAGGACUCAUAAGGACCUCUUUUUCAUACAUGUAUUGGAGGUUAAGCUCAAAAUUGCUGGCAUCCAAGGUAUUCAUCUAAUUAACACGUUUUUAAAUGUGCCCUCUUAGUAUUUUAACCCUUAGCGGACACCCCUUAAUUAAUAAUAAUUUAAUCAUCAUAAAAAUUUGAAAUUUCCUUAGAAAUUUCAUAACCUAACCUCAAAAGUACCCCAACCUACAACUUAAAGUCAUGUACAUCUCGGGACAUUCCAACAGAUUUUCCAUUAAUAUUAA